CGGAGUUGUUCGCCAGUGUGUGCCCUACGGCGCGUAGUGGUGCUGCACUCUCGGAGUGAGACGGUAACCCGAGCCGGUCCUCGACGAUACGCCGUCACUCGGGUUCGAUACGAGCCACGGUGCCGGACCCCGCGAGCUCUUCGUACAAAUUUUUGUUGUUUUUUUGUUCCAUCUUUGUGUGUUGUCGUAUCAAACGUGCGAGAGAACAAGGGGCAAAGGCUCUUCGGCGACUUGCAUCUUGGUCGCUGGAACAGUGCGGCGAUCAUGAGCGGGAGAUAAUUUAUUUUUCUUUUUCAAUUAUUUUUUCUUGCAAAAUGUCCCAUCGGGGGGAUUGACGGAUUUUGAAAAUUUCCCGGCCCCGGGGAAACGAUUCUCGAGAUUUUUCAAUCUAGUGCAAUCGCCGAGAUCGAAAGGCGCGAGAUAUUAAGGAUUUUCUUCUCGGACCGAACUCUCGUUCGGUUUGCACAACUUUGAUGAAGAUAUUAAUGGAGUAAAAGCUAAGUGAACGAUACCAGGUGUGUGCUCAAGGGAAAUUCUACGGGGGGGUUGACUCCCGCUGACACGCGCGAGGGUCAUGUCCAGUAUCAAGCUUCCAGCGGAAAGUGUUUGCUCAAACCGCGAUUCAUUCGGUAUUUACUGAUGAGUGUGUUGCUCGUCACCAAGAGCGUUGUCUUCCCUCAAUGGUUCUUCGAGUCAUCAAUGGAGCAGUGCCCGUACUACGCUCUACUACGACAGAGAACUCGAAGGAGGCAGUGAAAGAGGAGGAAGCAGAGUUAACAGGAUCGGCAGCAGGUCGGGUGUUCCCCGUGGGUAAUUGCGCGGCCCCGGUAAGGUCGUAAAGAAGCGGAAGACAGUUUUAUAGCCCGGGCCCACGUGGCGAGGAGCUCGUAAAGCAAAAGUCCGUGCGAGAGUCGCACCUCGCUCGUCUCGCGCGCGCCACUCACACACGUUAUAAACACGAGCCCGUGACACGCGGGUAUAUCUUCGAAAGCUUGUGUCGUGUUACCUUUUUUCGUUGCCUCGGUUGUUUGUUGUGGUGUGUGUGUUUUUUUUCUGGCGAUUAGUCGUCGUUUAGCGCGUUGACACGUCGUUCAUUAUCAUCGAGACGUCCGUGCUCAGUGUAACCGUGUCGAUGACGAUCUUCCUGAAAUCGUGGGGGCUUCCCGUUUUACGUGCAGUUCCCUCCGUCGAGUAGGACCGUGCAAGAGAACUCUGAGAUAAAAUAACGAGCAAGGAUGAAACGGAAGGAUUGACGGGACGAAAGUGCGCCAAGUGUUACUAGGACCGAAAUUCAAGUAACUGGAGAAUCCAAAAGAGCCUAUUGGAUUCUGCUUUCAAGACGUUUCAAUCAGCUGAUCGCUGCUCCACAAGUAAUACGAUUUAUUCGUAAUAGUAAAAUUCAACGAAAUUGGUGACAAUGAGUUCCUAUCAGUUUGUAAACUCGCUGGCAUCCUGCUACGCCGGACAGCAAUCGCAGCAACAGCAACAACGACCAACGCCAAAUUCGCCGGGCGAGCCCCUCCAGGCUGCUUCGCCCGCCGGUGGUGAUUAUUACAAUCCCAAUGCCGCGACGAGCGGAUACCCGACACCGUGUUAUUCGCCGCAGCAGCAUUAUCCGCAGCACCCUUACGCGACGCCGGCAUCGGGAAUGCAGCAUCCACCGCCAACCGGUAUGAUAGACUAUACGCAACUGCAACCACAGCCAAGAUUGAACGCAACGACAACCUCGCAGCAACAACAGCACGCAGCUGCGAUGCACGCUGCAGCUCAGCAGGCAGUUGCCCAACAACAUCACCAACAGCAGCAGCAUCACUCGCAGUCCCAGAUCCACCAAGAUCCUAGCGCGACUCUUCUGCAGGUACCGAACGCCGUGGCCGCGGCUUCAACUUCCAGUUGCAAAUACGCCGAUUCCACGUCGUCGACGAGCGUCGCGUCGCCCCAAGACUUGACUACUGGAACAUCGAGAAACAGCCCUACGCCGUUGGUCGCACCGGGCACCUCCAAAGCAACGGUAACCGGACUAACUUCACCUCCCGGAGGCUCCUCGAGAUCGUCCAUCGCCGCUUCCGCAGCUUCGCCGCCGAGUGGGAGCUCUCGGGGUGUCGGCGAAGGUAGCUCUACCUUGACGACAGCCUCCUCAGCAUCCUCGCCGGCUUCGUCCACCUCGAGCACAUCAAGCACCGGGAAUAAUUCCUCGAACAAGGGCAACGCCAGUGGCUCGAAUCCACCACAAAUUUAUCCGUGGAUGAAAAGGGUUCACAUAGGUCAAAGUACCGUGAACGCAAACGGAGAAACGAAACGUCAGAGGACAUCGUACACGAGGUACCAGACGUUGGAGCUCGAGAAGGAAUUCCACUUCAACCGUUAUCUAACGAGGCGACGGCGCAUCGAGAUAGCCCACGCUCUUUGUCUGACGGAGCGGCAAAUAAAAAUAUGGUUUCAGAAUCGUCGAAUGAAAUGGAAGAAGGAGCACAAAAUGGCGAGCAUGAAUAUCGUUCCCUAUCACAUGUCCCCGUACGGUCAUCCGUAUCAAUUCGCGCCCCACCCAGGCCAGUUUGCUCAUCUGGCCACAUAGGACGAGUUCUCGCCCGCCGAGCUCGGGGCACACGCUGUCCGGUUUCCUGGUAUGUACGGCGAGCAGAAUUUCUAAGGCGAUUACCUUCGAGAAGCGAGGAAGAGGAGAUUUCGUGGGCAUUAUUUCUGUGCCGAUUUCCGCAAUUUCUUCCUGAGAUUGCGAAAAUCAGAUGGGAAAAAUGAGCGAAAGAUUUUUCUUUCUGCCGGAAGAGCUUGCUCGGCGAUCGUCGAGCAACGACUUCCCUUCGUAACAUCGAUGGACAACAACAACGAGAAAAAUUGAGCCGAGAUACUUCUGCCGUGUAACAAACAAAAAUCCUAGAGACUGGACAAGCUCCGAGACACCGGGCUCUGUUAGCGCAACCGUGUGAAUUAUACAAAUUACGUAAUAUGCAAUAAGUAUAAAUAAAUGCGUAUGAAAAACGAAGGAGAUUGAAAAUUAUAUAUACGGGAGAUGACACGAGUCACGGUUGCCGCUCAUUGGAGCCCGACUCAGCGGGCGAGAUUAACGAAUCUCAUUAGAUUGUAAGUCGUAGAUGUAUCAUUAGACGUCUCAUUAAUAGAACUCACCGAUUCUUAACCGACUGCAGCACACGCUCACACCUUCACCGAUCACAUUAUCAUCUGCAUCUCUUGUUUUUCACGCGCGCGUUCAAUAGAAGCAUAAACGAGAAUAUGAAAAUCGACUCGCAUCGUACACGGUAUGCGAUCGCGAAAUCAUCCUAUGUACUUAUAUAUAAAUAAAUAUAUUGUUGUCGUUUUUUUAUUUUUUUUUCAUUUCUUCUUGUAAGACCCAUCUAUUUGUCUGACGAGCAACGCGAUCUAGUCUUGCGAAAACUCGGUAUUUUUUAUUCGCAUCGAAAGCGCGCAUUACGGAAGUGAAUUUCAUUGCAUCAGUGCACAAGCGCCGAAAAUAUGUAAUUGUAAUCGAAUCGGUAUUCAGAAAUUUCCGUAUUUUUCUCGAGUCUAAGUAUGGGUUCGUUUCAAACACAGACGCAUUCGUAAUGAACGAUUGACAUUUGUCUUUUCAUUGGCGUCUCCGUCUCGUUAUUCGAACCACAAAUAUUUCAAAUUUCUCACUAAUUCUCACGAACUUUCGUGUACGAUAAAAGAUCUUAUCCUUGUCUAGAUUCCUCAUGCACUGAUGCAUGCAAAUUGGCUCUCAAUAGUUCAUAGCAGUCUGCGAGAAUCUCACAUACACAUAGACGGGUGAAGGUAGAUUUGGAAAAAAAAUAAGCCUGAAAAGAAAAAACGACGCGCAACGCAAGUUAUCGGAAGAAAAAUCGAUGGAAAGAAACAAAGAAUAUGUACAAUGGAAACGAAGUUUUCAUCUGCACGCGUUAUAUAAAGUUUCUCUCAGCUCUCUUAAUUAGUUAGCGUUUAAGAAUGCCUGCUAAUGCUCAAAGUGUUCUUGGCCAAAAAACAAUACAGAAGGUUAAAAAUGAUGAUAACGAAUACAAAGAAACAGAUACAAGCGAAGUUCACGGGGGAAAAUAAAUGUAUAGAGAUCGGUUAUUACGAGAGUGCGCGCGCGGAAAUGCGUCCCAUGAGCUCAUUCAAAUUUUCCACCCUGGUCAGGUCGUCCAAUAUGUGAAAAAAUUCAUACGAAGCUCGUCGUCAAUUCGAGAAUUUAUUAAUUUUUCUUCGUAAAAAGUAACGACUCACGAGAUCAGUGUUUCUUUUUCUCCACGAUCGUCAUCAAAUGCCCACUACGAAGUUGAUAUUCAGGCACGUGAAAACGUAUGCGAGCAAUUCCGCCCGGUAACUUCGUACUCAUGACAAUCGAGCAGCUGCACAGCACUGGGGAGUUUUGUUUUUGCGAAUGUCAUUUUUUUCUGCCACCGUAAGAAACUCGGGAGAGCGAACUCGGAAAUAGUCUUUCAAUUUUUUUCGAGCAAGUCGAGGCAGCCCCACGAAAGUGGAUCGUGAUUUCUCGUGCUCUUUCAAUUCCAAAUCCGGCGUUAUGGGUUUCCAUGAUUUCCAGUGAAAUUCGAAGUUGGAUAUUUCGAUCUCCGAAUAAUAUACGAGACUGCAAGGCCCCCGCGUGUGCAUAUGAGUGGAAAGAGUUCGUGGAUAAGUGAGAAGGCACGUGUUGCUCUGACGAAACACGAUCGUAGCCGAGUGCAAUAUGGCCUCAUUAAUUGGUCGAUUAAUUCCCGGAUAAAUUGGCGAGUCGAAGCCCGGGAAGAUGUAAGCAUUGAAUCGUUAGUUCGAAGAAGGGGCGACGGCAUGGGGGAAAGGGAAAUAGAAAGAAUGAAAGAGGACAGGUGCGUGCGCACGAUUAUUAAUACGCACACCGCGCGAGCAAACUCUGGUAAUAACAACGAAGCUCAGCGCUUCCACGUGCGUUCGAGUGCGUUAUUUUCGAUGUAAUAUCAUGUGAUACAAGAAACAAAAGAAUAAAAAAAUAACUAAAUAAAAAAUAAAUAGAAAACAAAAAACAUAUUGAUAAUGCGCACUGAAAUGCGAUGAAAAUCGAUGUUUUUAUCUUCUUUUGUUCUUUUAACUUAUCAACCAAUUGUAAAACGAGGUCGUGCGUUACGAGGAAGCAAAUUCGGAAGCAUACAGGGAUCUAACGAGUAUACGAAUAGCAGUUUCUAGAGUGUAUCUUGUGUAUAAGACGCGAUAUUUUCAAUUGUAAAUAAUGAAUUUAUUGAAUAUUAUAAUGAGGGAACGAGAGAUGGAAGUUUGACGAAUGUUCUCGCGGAGCCAGGAUUUGAGAGGAAAAUUCAUCGCCCCGCUGAAUUCCGAGUUAGCGUGUGUUGCUUCGAUAAUAACACGAAUAAAUCAAGCACAAUUUUGUAUAACUUUUACGUUGCACUUUUUCUCCUCAACACCUUGGCUCCACGAUCGUAUUUAAAUAAAUGGAAUAAUGACGACUACUACUACAACUACUAUUAUUAUUAUUAUAAUGAUAAUAAUUAUUAUUAAUAUUAUACACGAUUAUUGAAAAUUAUGAUGAUUAUAUUGUCUUUAUUAUUAAUUAUAUAGCGAGUGAGUCCGUUCUCGAUGGCUCGGUCCAGUGUUAAUAUUGUAUUUUAUUUGUUUCGUUAUGAGUUUUUAAUCUUUCACUUUAUUUUGUUGUUCACGCGCCACGUGUCGUGCGUUCACACGUUCCCGUACCUAAAGAAAGAAUAGAAAAAAAAAUAAGAGGGAGAAAAACACGAAAAUAGCGAAAGAAAAAUCUAUGCGAAACGAGCGAGGUCGAACACAUUCAUGAAAAAUAGCUUCACGUCUUUUCCCUUCGUUAUGAAAUUCACAUUAUUAUUAUUAUUAUUAUUAUUAUUAUAUAUAUAUGAAUUUGUGCACAUAAAUGUUUGUUGAUUUUGUAUUUUAUCAUUCGGUCACUAUUUUAUUUGUCGCUUUCGCGAACACUUGAAAACUUAGCCCCCCUCCGACGAGUUUCUCGUUACUGUGAGAAUUGAUGAAUGAAAUUGAAUGAUUUGAAAAGCCCGAUUGAAGAAUCAUCGCGAGAAUAAAGAUGCUCCGAUCGAAGAGCGCCCCCUUUCAAGAUAAAGAAAAUGAAGAAGAAGAAGAUAGAACAAAAGAAUCCUCCGUAAAUUAAGCCCAAGUAUUACGUUCGCGUAGCGUUUCUUCUCAAAAUGUUACUUCAUUCCAUGUAAUAUACGUAAUAGUCUAACUAAACGAAAAGAAAAAAAAGUAAAAAAAGUAAUAAUAAAUAAAUAAAACCUCUACCUACUUACUACGAACUACGUAAACCUAGAGCACCGUACACGUGUAAGGUCAUAUAAUUAUAUAUAAUUUAAAUUGUAAUUAUUAAAUGGCAUGACGUAAAGAAAACAAAAAACAAAAAAACCGGUCUUCAUCAUCGAA